AUGUCACAUCAUAGUAACUAUGCUCUGGCGCACACUUUGGACCAAAUGAAACCACAGCAGUUAUGCAACAACGUUUUUUUCGGACCGCUGAACACGCUUUCGCAGCAAGAGUUUUUGAACGAGAACAACAUCAGGUUCUUCAUAAGCGUUUCGAUUCCUGUGGAACGCGUUAUCGAGUAUGCGGCUAAUAUUCAUCUGGACCGUUUCUUGAUGUGUUGCUUUGAUCAGUCUUUUGAUCGUACAAGACUUAGCGAUGAGGUCAUGUGCAGGCUUCUCGAGUUUAAUGGGAAACAUUCUGCGGAUUUGAAGGCACUCAUACACAAUGCAUCGUUGUCGGAUGAAUGCAUAGCCAGGCCGCUCCAGUCGCUUUUUUACAGGUCGGUUGCUGAGUAUACCACCAACAUAUUCACUGCAGAUGGAGUGCAGAAAUUCGAGCAGUUUAACGACUUGAUUACGCUUUUCAAGCUAUCGCAGCUAGGCAAUGUGUUGAUUUUUUCGUCGAAUGGGAACGACGAGAACUUGCUCACACUCUUGAUCAGCCAGAUUCUCAAGUGUAACCCCAAGGUGUCUGUUAGGGAUGCGUUUACAUACGUUAAGAAUUUGAGGCCCACAGUGGAGAAUCUGCAUGAGGACAGGAUAUACUGGUGCAGUGGGCUUAUAGCAUACCACGAGCGCGCGCGCUCCAAGGAACUAUACUGGGGUCCUGGAUCUCCGUCUUCUGUAAGGAAAGAGGUUCCUUCCUCUGCUACGAAGAGACGCGAAAAGUUCGAAGAAAGCGUACCGCCUGAUUCUGCGGAUUCGUCGGCAUCAACACCGUUUUCAGAUGGCGAUGUUUACUAUUCAUCGGAUGCGCAGACGUCAGAACCAGAGAGCAUCGCAGCUGGUAGCGGUAGCUCGAGACAAUUUGCUGUGCCACGUCUGAAAAGAAUGGCAUUGAACAGGUGA